AUGGUCGAUAUCGUUGUCGGUGAUUGGAUAGAAGAAACAAAAGAUCUCCAAUGUAGCAACUCGGAGAUUUGGAAAGUGUAAGAAUAGUAUAAGCGCACGUCGAAUUAAAUUCUUCGCUCUUCUUCCGACGAUGGUAUAUUGCACUUGCGAGAAGCACGUGCACGCGUUUGGUAAAACGACGCGCGGCUUUCAGGGAACUGUUUAGUUGAAUUGAGAGAAUGCACGCAGGAUUUCCAUGCGUGUCCCAUUAGAUCUGUUCGAUUAAGAGGCGAUCCCCAAGCGGAUCGUAUCGAACGAGAUAAGUUUGUUCGCGUGCGAGCGCAGUUUCACGCGGAAGAUUUAAGGAGCGACUCAACAAGUCUUACGAGCUGGACGAUCGACACGCUGAACUCCAAACGGCGGAAACUUCCAAAUUCGCGCGCUUGCGAACUGCACAUCUCGCAUCGAACGGAUGUUAGACAAAUAAAAAAAAAAGAAGAAGAGGAAAGAGAACGGAAUACGAACGAGGAGCACGAUAAAUCGACGAGUCGAAGAAAAUGUUCGAACGGGGAAGACCAAUUGGUUGUGAAACCUGAUUUACGACAAUCAGCGAUUGGCGGCGUAUUAUUAGUAUUUGGACAAGGCGAUGUUGGACAGCUUGGUUUAGGAGAAGAAAUUAUUGAAAAAACACGUCCAGCAAUUGUUCCUGGAUAUCAAGAUAUUAUAGCUAUAGCAGCUGGUGGUAUGCACAAUGUGUGCCUAAGACAAACUGGAGGUGUAUUAACAUUUGGAUGCAAUGACGAAGGAGCAUUGGGACGAGAUACGUCUAAAGACGGUUCUGAAACUGAACCAGGUUCCGUUGAUUUACCUGGCAAAGCCAUUCAGGUGACAGCUGGGGAUUCUCACAGUGCUGCUUUAUUAGAAGAUGGACAAGUAUUUGCAUGGGGCUCUUUUAGGGAUUCUCAUGGUACUAUGGGUCUGACUUUAAAAGGAAAUGAACGGUUUCCAAUAGAAAUAUUGCCUAAUGUAAAGAUAGUUAAAAUAGCAUCUGGUGCUGAUCAUUUAGUAUUGCUUGAUAAAAAUGGUCAUAUCUACACCUGUGGAUGUGGAGAACAAGGUCAACUAGGACGAGUAGCUGCUAGAGCAGCCAGUAGAAAUACUCGUCAUGGUAUGAGCCCAUUAUUAACUCCUGGUUUAGUUGAAUUUAAAGUUACCAAAAAACUAGAAUUUGAUGACAUUUGGGCUGGAACAUAUUGUACAUUUGCUAAAGAAUAUCAGAAAGGAGAUAUAUAUGUAUUUGGAUUAAAUAAUUAUUAUCAAAUUGGUUUAAAAGAUCCUGUUACUCAUUUUCACCCACAAAUUUCAAAAACCUUUAGUGGAAAGGUAUGGAGACACAUUAGUAGUGGGCAACAUCACACAAUUGCUUUAGAUGAUUCUGGUCAAGUAUAUGUUAUGGGCCGUAAAGAAUAUGGUCGUCUUGGACUUGGAUCUAAUUGUUUUGACGCAAAAGAAUUAACACUAGUUUCUAGUUUAAAUUCCUUUAAGUGUGUUGACAUCGCAGCAGGCAGUGCGCAAUCUUUUGCUGUUACUGAAUUAGGAGAUUUAUAUUCAUGGGGUAUGGGUUCAAGUGGCCAGCUAGGUACAGGAGAAGAAGAAGAUGUUGAAGUACCUACAUUAGUCAAAGGAAAGCAAUUGGAAGGAAAAACAAUAGUACGAGUUGCAGGCGGAGGUCAACAUACACUAGCGUUAGGAACAAUUCACCCUAUGAAAGAAAAAACCGCUGGUUAACAAUAAAUUAAAUUAAAUUGAAAACUGAAGUGUUUCAUACGCGUAUGUGAUAAUAACUUGGACAACGAAAGAAGAAAAAAUUUUCAUUCUCCUUAAACGAAAAUUGCAGUGAAGGAGAAAAUACGAAAACACUUUUCACGGUAAAAUAUACCGUGCUAUUACAUCGAUUAUUGCGAAUAAUUGGAUAUGAAUAUAUAUUUAAAUUUGUACAUAAUUUUUCGUGCUACCAAAAAUAUCAUUUUGUUCAUAAUGAUUAAUAUAUCGACUGAUUUUUUGAUUGCAUUAUUUUUUUUUUACUUGAUUAUGUAUUACGAUGAAAUAAACAUUUUUCUACUUCUGAAUUAUGAUGUUAUUGAAAAUUCCUCUUUUAAAAACAAAACUACAAUGAAAUUGAAAUUGAAUAUUUUAAGUUAUCGUUAUUUCAAGUUUUUAAGUCAUAAUUAUUUAAGUUUAGACAUUUUUAAAUAUCAAAUAAUUUACCAAUCAUACAUACAUUAAUCACAUUGUACAAUUAUAGAAUAAAAUUAUUAUUACAAUUUAUUUUACAGAAAUUACAGAAAAAUUAACGUUUCGAUGA